AUGGCGGCCCCCUUGGAGCUCAGUUGCUGGGGAGGCGGCUGGGGGCUUCCGUCGGUACACAGCGAGUCCCUGGUGGUGAUGGCUUAUGCCAAAUUUUCUGGUGCACCCUUGAAAGUCAAUAUCAUAGAUACGACCUGGAGAGGUUCAAGAGGUGAUAUACCCAUUUUGACAACUGAAGACAACAUUGUUUCUCAGCCGGCGAAAAUACUAAACUUUUUAAGAAAACAGAAAUAUAAUGCUGAUUAUGAACUGUCAGCAAAACAAGGGGCAGAUACUCUGGCUUACAUUGCUCUCCUUGAAGAGAAGCUUCUCCCUGCAGUGCUUCACACUUUCUGGGUUGAGAGUGAUAAUUACUUUACUGUGACAAAGCCAUGGUUUGCUUCACAAAUUCCUUUUCCCUUGAGUUUGAUCCUGCCUGGAAGAAUGUCUAAGGGAGCACUGAAUAGGAUUCUCUUGACCAGAGGAGAGCCUCCCCUCUACCACCUCCAAGAAGUGGAAGCACAGAUAUACAGAGAUGCCAAGGAGUGCCUAAAUCUACUGUCACACAGAUUGGGAACAUCUCAGUUUUUCUUUGGAGAUACGCCUUCUACCUUGGAUGCCUAUGUUUUUGGUUUUCUUGCUCCUCUUUAUAAAGUACGGUUUCCUAAAGUUCAGUUACAAGAACAUCUGAAACAGCUCUCCAACCUGUGUCGCUUUUGUGAUGACAUCCUAAACAGUUAUUUUAGGCUUAGUAUUGGAGGCAUGUCUCCAGCUGGACAAGAAACAGUAGAUGCAAAUCUGCAGAAACUCACACAACUUGUAAAUAAGGAAUCCAACUUGAUUGAAAAGAUGGAUGACAAUCUUCGCCAAAGCCCUCAGCUUCCUCCUCGGAAACUGCCAACACUUAAACUGACUCCAGCAGAAGAAGAAAGUAAUUCUGUACAACGGUUAUCACUCUGACAGUCGUCAAGCUUUGUGGCAAGAGCCAUAUGAUUGUUGCAGUAGUCUCUUACACCAAGUGUGUGAAGGCAAAAAGAAAAUACCAUUAAUAGGUAUAAAAAAGACUCCAAAACAAAAAGAACUUUAUAUGACAUCUAUUUUUUCUUUUUAAUUAGGAAGCUUGUAUUCUAGCUUGGCAGUGCAUUUUAAGUAACAUCAAAGUGAAUGCUAGAUGAACUUAGUGGGUGAGGGGAAGAAAACAUAUUGUACUGUAUAUAAAAAAAAUCCUGCCUUAAUCUUGGCAGAUUUUUGCCUUUGGUUCACGUGUUGCUGACCAAAAGCUACAAUUCUGUUCUAAAUGUGCACUCUUAAUUUAUUCAGGUUAAUUUAUUCAAUUUAUUAACUUAAUUUUCUUAGACGAAACUAAAUACCUAAUAUGUAGCUCUUUGGCUGAAGCUUUUUUCUCUUCUGUUUAGAAAUCCAAUGCCUAUUUUAGAAAGAACAAGGAAAACUAUAAAUUCAA